ACAUCCUAUGCACAGCAGCACCAUUGACUGGAGAAUAGCCACCAGAAGAGUCAGAAGUUGCCCCAGCCACAGAAAUCAGAAUUAUUGUUUCCCAGAUGUCUUCAUUGGCUGGCCGGGUCAUGCUCACGACUCCCGGGUACUUGGCAACUCUGAAUUGUUCCAGAUUGCAGAGGAGAACCAACAUGGCUGGUUGUUCCCGAGAGAGAAAUCAAAGUUUGUUGAUGGGGUGGAGAUCCCGGUGCACCUUAUUGGAGAUGCGGCAUACCGUUUGAGGCGUUGGCUGAUCAAGGGCUUCACACAGCAUCUCCCACUCUCUCCGGAACAAGUGCAUUUCACCCACACUCUCAGCUCGGCCAGGAUGGUGGUGGAGAAUGCUUUUGGGAGACUGAAGGGGUGCUGGCGGUGUCUACUACAGCGCAAUGACGUUGCCAUCACCCUGGUGCCGGAUGUGGUUGCUGCUUGCUGUAUCCUGCACAACUUUUGCAAGUUACAGAAGGAACACUUUUUGCCAGAGUGGAAUGUUGUAGACACUGAACUGUGCGAUACUCCGGUAGAAGAAGCAGAAGCAGCCUACGAGGGGGAGAUAAGUAGUGGCAGUGCUGAGGAAAUAUGUAACACCCUCACUGCUAACUUAACUACUAUGACACAGUAGAGGACACAGAUAUG